GCGUGGGGUCAAGGGUCACCCAAGAUGGCGGCGUCCAGGAGGCGCUGAGCCCUGGAGCGGAGGAUGGCGCUGGCGGCGCUCGCGGCCGGGGCUCGGCUGGGGCGGCAGCUGAGCCGGCCGGGCCCAGGGCUGAGGCCGGGGCGAGGGCACCGGACGGCGGCCGGGCGCUCGCGGAGCUCGUGCGAGGCGGACGCACCCGUGUUCCAGUACGUGGGCGAGCGGGCGGCCCGUGCCGACCGCAUCUUCGUGUGGGGCUUCAGCUUCUCGGGGGCGCUGGGCGUGCCCACCUUCGUGCUGCCCAGCGCUGGGCCCAAGCACCGCGCCGGCUCGCGGCCGCCCCGCAGGAUCCAGCCCGUGCCCUACCGCCUGGAGCUGGACCAGAAGAUUUCAUCUGUUGCCUGUGGCUACGGAUUCACACUGCUAUCCUCUAAAACUAAGGAUGUGACGAAAGUUUGGGGUAUGGGGCUCAACAAGGAUUCCCAGCUUGGAUUUCACAGGAGCCGCAAAGAUAGAUCCAGGGGAUACGAGUAUGUUCUGGAGCCUUCGCCCAUCCCACUGCCCCUGGACAGACCUCAGGAGACCCAGGUGCUGCAGGUCUCCUGCGGCAGAGCCCACUCUCUCAUCCUGACAGACCGCGAAGGAGUCUUUAGCAUGGGAAACAAUUCUUAUGGGCAGUGCGGAAGAAACGUGGUUGAAAAUGAAAUUUACAGCGAAAGUCACAAAGUCAACAGAAUGCAGGACUUCGAUGGGCAGGUGGUGCAGGUGGUUUGUGGCCAGGACCAUAGCCUGUUCCUGACGGACAAAGGAGAAGUCUACUCUUGUGGCUGGGGCGCCGACGGGCAAACAGGUCUGGGCCACUACCGUAUCACCAGCGUGCCCACCAAGCUGGCCGGGGACCUGGCCGGAGUGAACAUCGUGCAGGUGGCCACCCACGGUGAUUGCUGCCUGGCCGUGUCUGCUGAGGGCGGCCUCUUCGGUUGGGGGAACUCGGAGUACCUGCAGCUGGCCGCCGUUACCAACUCCACACAGGUGAACGUCCCCCGGUGCUUACCCUUCUCAGGAGUGGGGAAGGUGAGGCAGGCUGCGUGCGGUGGUACAGGCUGCGCUGUGUUAAAUGGAGAAGGACAUGUUUUCGUCUGGGGCUACGGAAUUCUUGGGAAAGGACCGAACCUUGUGGAAAGUGCACUUCCCGAGGUGAUCCCGCCCACUCUCUUCGGCCUGACGGAGUUCAACCCGGAAGUCCAAGUUUCCCUCAUCCGAUGUGGCCUCAGCCACUUUGCUGCCCUGACCAACAAAGGAGAACUGUUUGUGUGGGGCAAGAACAUCCGAGGGUGCCUGGGCAUCGGUCGCCUGGAAGACCAGUAUUUCCCAUGGAGGGUGACCAUGCCUGGGGAGCCCGUGGAUGUGGCGUGUGGUGUGGAUCACAUGGUGACUCUGGCCAAGUCUUUCGUCUGAAGCCCCUCCCUGACCUGCUUGAGCCCGGAACCUGGCCUCAGAACCACUGGGACUGCUUGGCAGAGGCCCCUGGCGGGGCUCUUGCUAGGGGUCAGAGAGGAUCCGGGCCCUUGGUGACACGUGAUGCUCUCUGCCAGUGCCCUUAGCAAGAACGGACAGGAAGUCCCGGGACUCAGGGCCCCUCUCCGGCUGAGGGUGAGACUGGCUGCGUUCACCGCGGGAUGGCUGUCCUCAUCAGGCCAAGCACCAGUGAGAGGGAUCCCUAUUCCUGACCCGAGCAGCUGGUCCGGGGGAAGCUUAGCUCUCCGGCAUGCCAUUUUGUUUGUUCUUAAAGGUGGCCCGACGGACUCUUAAGUGGCCCGGUGGGCUUUUGUAUGUAAGCCUCCGACCACAGCAGAGCUCAUGGUGGGCGUGUGGGCAUCAGGGCGAGCCCCAGCCUGACUGAGGGAGCCGGGCUGAGAAGCCCCUGCAGGAGUUAGAGCGAGGCCAGGUUCUCGUGCACCGAACACGCCCCGCAAAAGCUUGUCUGGAGGGCCAGCCUCGGAGAAGAGAUUCAGAAAUUGUGGAAAACAAUUUGAGGUAGUAACAUAAACUUGGCCUUUCGUUUAAAAAUGUCUUUGAAAAAUCCCUUUUAGAAUAAAGUCUAUUUUCUGCCUUUUUA